GGUGGACCAGACUGUGGAGGUAUUUUCGUCAAGUCAAUCAACCCAAAUGGAGCAGCGGCAAUGGACGGUAGGAUAGGCGUGGGAGAUCGAAUCGUGGCAGUCAAUAACAUCAAUCUAACGAGAGCCACACGACAAGAGGCUGUUGAUCAACUUCGUAAUUCUCCUGUCAUCGCUCAACUAGUUGUCGAGAAAUGUGCUCCCGAAGACCACAUCAACACGCAGCUGCCAAGUUCUAUGGACAGCGGUUAUACCCAUACAGGAUCUGUUCAGUACAGCGAUUAUGGAAUGGAAGAUCAGCCAUUUGAAGUUCAUUUAAUCAAAGGACCACAAGGCCUUGGCAUGAGCUUAACUGGAGGAGAGAUGGGAGGCCCUAUUUACAUUAAACGGCUAGUACCUGGAGGUUCGGCCGCUUUGUCGGGACAACUUCAAGUGAAUGAUAUGCUUUUGCAAGUAAACGGGAAAAGUAUGGAGAGACUUUCUUACAGGGAAGCCCUUUCGAUUCUGCGCAACUGUCCUCCAGAAGUGCGACUGCUGGUCAAACGUUCCAAGGGCGCAUCGUAUCCUCCAUACCCAGGAUUCCGUGGAAGCGUUAGUAGUUACGCAAGCUAUGGAAGCUAUGGUAGUAUGUCAAGUUUGUCGUAGCCAAUCAAAUUUCUCGAGAUUCUUCGGUACCAGGCUCCUAUGUUUUUUGUUUGAAAACGAGGCCUACAUGUGCAUCAAUUGGGAGAAUCCAAUGUAUUAAAGCUUGUACACAAGGAGAUAGACUUUUCUCAAGUGAUGUCACGUUUUUAGUAUGUCAAGUUUGUCGUAGCCAAUCAAAUUUCUCGAGAUUCUUCGGUACCAGGCCCCUAUGUUUUUUGUUUGAAAACGAGGCCUACAUGUGCAUCAAUUGGGAGAAUCCAAUGUAUUAAGGCUUGUACACAAGAAGAUAGACUUUUCUUGAAUGAUGUCACUCUUAUCAACUUUCCUGCAAAACAAAAGUUUUUGCUAGGGCCUUUCCCGAAUAGUGGUGCGCGCGGAUGACGUCAUAAAAAUGGAGACAAGGCGAAAUUCAGACAAACAAACUUAUACUCAGCUUUCAGCAAAUAAUUUUCAUAGCCGAUCGCAGUAGAUCUUUGUUUAAUUGGGUUAUUAUUCUAACUUUAAGUAAAAAUAAUAAAAUCGGUUCGUUUAUACUGAAUGCAAUGUUUAUCUGAGUCUUAAAGCUAUUUAUUGGAAUCUGUGCGCAGCGCUAUUCGCUAAAAUGAGAAUAAAACAAUAGAUUCAAGUCCAGGUUAGACUUGAUGUUUCUA